AUGGUAAGAAGCUGGAUGAGAGGGGCGAGGUUGAUAUCAUUGUCCUCGCGCUGCCGAAACCAUACGAUCAACUAUUCUCCCUCGUUUCAUGCUACAACCAUUUUCACAAACCAGCCGCAUCCUUCUCACUCUCAAUGCCGAUUUUUCAACUCUUCUUCUUCUUCAACUUCUUCACCAUCAUCAACACCACCUUCCUCUAACAAGCUCUUCGUAGGAGGUCUAUCAUGGUCCGUAGAUGAAAAAUCCCUCAAAGACGCUUUCUCUUCUUUCGGCGAAGUCACCGAAGUGAGGAUAGUUUAUGAUAAAGACAGUGGUAGAGCUAGAGGCUUUGGGUUUGUUAUCUUUUCAAACGAAGAUGAUGCAAAGUCCGCUAAAGAUGCAAUGGACGGAAAGGCAUUGUUAGGUAGACCAUUGAGGAUAAAUUUUGCUCUCGAAAAGGCUCGUGGGGUACCUGUUGUAGUUCCUCGGUUUUCAAAUAUUGGAAACUUAAACAGGCGCUGA